AUGGGGCCCUUCGUGGGGGCCCCCAGGGGGCCCCCUCUUAUCAUCACGGCGCCAGCAGGAAGACCUGCACCUCUUCCUUUAGGCAGCCCUGCUGCAGCAGCAAAUGCUGCUGCAGCAGCACCGGGAGAACCUCUCAUACUCGCUCCUCCAUCCAGCAACAACGCAGACCCUGCAGCAGCAGCAGCAGCAACAACAACAGCAGCAGGAGAUGCAACAGAAGCCGCAGCACCUGCUUCCCCAGCAGCAGCAGCAUCAGGAGCAGCAGGUCUCUCUCCACCGCCACCGCACCUAGCAGCAAAUGCUGCUGCUGCUCAGAGAAGCGAGCAGCAAGAAGGGAAGGCGCCUGCAGCAGCAGCAGGUGGGGUUGCUGCUGCUGCAGCACCGCCGCCCGCUCCCCCCAAAGACGCCGGUAUACCGCAUGCACCCAGCAGCAGCAGCAGCCAAGGAGACACCGCUGCAGCUGCUGCAGGAGAGCAGCCUGCUACAGCAGCUGCUGCUGCUGCUGACAGCAACGCCACAGCUGAGGAAGCGGCUCCUCCCCCCGACAGCAUCGAGGCAGCUGCUGCAGCUUACGCUGCAGCACAGCAGAAGAAGCUGCAGCAGCAGCAACAAGGGGGUGGUGCUGCCCCUGGAGCUGCAGCAGCGCCUGGUGCUUCCCCUGUUGCAGCAGCAGCAGCAGCAGCAGCAGCAGCAGGAUCGCCUUGGGGGGCCCCCCACGGCAGCAGUCCUUGGGGUUCAGCACCCCUAGGUAUGUGUAUGGUUGGGGGGGGGCCCCCUUACUUCCCUAUGACAGGCAUGCCUCAUACAAUGGGGCCCCCUAUGGGGCCCCCUGGGGCCCCCAUGAUGGUUCAGGGGGCCCCCAUGAUGCAGCCAGGUGGAGGCUUCUUUAUGGGGGGCCCCCCGUACCCUGGUGCUGGCUAUGGGGGGGGGGCCCCCAUGGCCAGUAUGGAGGGGCCCCACCCUUAUUAUAUGGGGGGCCCCCCACCUAUGGGGCCCCCUACGCAUGGAAGCGAACAGCAGCAGCAACAGCAGCAGCAGCAGCUUGAAACUCAAGAAGCAAAUGCUAAACAACCACCCCCACCUCUAGGAGGUGUUACAGUGUUAACUCCUCCGGCCAUCCACAUGCAGCAGCAGCAGCAGCAGCAGCACCAUCAUCAACUGCCUCAGCCUCCUCAGCCUCCCCACCAGCAUCCGCAUAUGCUGCAGCAGCAGCAGCGGCAGCAGCACCAGCAGCCGCCGCAGCCACCGCUGCCCCCACAGCCUCCACUGCCUCCUCAUCAGCAGCAGCACCACAUGCCCAUGCAGCACCUCUCCCCGCUGCAGCAGCAGCAGCAGCAGCAGCAAGCAGGGAUGAGGAGUGCCCUAGGGUCUCCAUCACAUAUGGGGGGCCCCCAAAUCCUGAGGCCCCCGAGGCCCCCUCCCCCAGUGCUGCCACCAGAUGGAGCGAGCAGCAGCCUGCAGCAGCAAAUAGCACGAGAAGCAGCACCAGCGAUCAGCAGCAGCAGCAGCAGCAGCAGCAGCGGAUGGGGGGGCCCUGCAUCAGGUGGUGUACCCCCACCACCCCCUCCUGGGCCUCCCCCAGCGACAGGCAGCAGCAGCUCGGGCGCUGCUGUUCGAAUGCAGCAGCAGGAAACAGCGGCAGCAGCAGCAGCAGCAAGUGGACAGCCCCAUGGAGGAGCAGCAGCAGCUUCAGGACGCCCCUCUAUGUCACCUGCUGCUGCUGCGGCGGCGGCGGCUGCUGCUGCUCUCGCUGCUGCAGCACUAGCUGCACGCAGAAAGGGAGAUGCAGCAGCAGAAGCCGCGAGACAGCAAGCAGCAGCAGCAGCAGCACAAGUCGAGGCAUCUGUGAUGAGCCAGCAGCAGCAGCAGCAACAGCAGCAGCCACGGCUGCCGGCAAGUGUAAUAGCAGCAGCAGAAGCAGCAAAAGCAGCAGCAGCAAAAAUAUCUGCUGCUAUGGCAGGCAGCCUCAAGCCGUGA